AUGCCUGAAUACGACACCCUAGCAGAUAUUCUCAUUGAAGAUGAAGCGGAAAGACACCAUCUACUUUCGAAACCAGCUUGUUUUCUCAUAGUUGGCAGACCGGGCAUUGGCAAAACAACUUUGGCAAGAAAAAUAGCAGAUUCUUGGAAGUGCAUUCUGGUGGAUGACACUGAGAUCCUAAAUUUUCACAUCACAAAUAAAACAAAACCUGGUUUAAAGCUCUUGGAAAUCCUAAAUAAUGGAGAAAGUAUACCAGAUGAAAUUGUGCUCCAGCUUAUUCUUAAGAAGCUGAACUCACCUGAAGUGGAGCACUAUGGUUAUGUUCUGAGCUGCUUGCCCUUUAUGAAUGAGCGCUGUCUGAAGAUUAGGAAACAGUUUGAAUUAAUAAAAAAUCUUAAGUUUCCUCCUGACUUCAUCAUUCAUAUCAAAUGUUCUGACAAUGAUUUGGUUGAGAGGCUCUCAAGAUUGAGGCAGAAUCCAGAAACGGGACAGUUUUUUCAAAAACAUGAGUUGAUGACUGACAUUGUUUCCACCCUAAUAACCGAAAAAGAAAGUGUUGAUGAAGAGGAAGAAGAUGAGGUGGUUGAAGAAGAGACCAAAAAAGAGCAGAUUGAUCAGAUGGUGUGGACUCCAGAAUACCUAAAAGACAGCAUGAACCACAGAAUUAACACAUGCAAAGAUAUAAUAAUUAGACCGUUAGAGGACUACAUCAUGCAUCACAAUCCUCUGCACCUACUGGAGCUGGAUGGAAAUGACAAACCGGAGGAUCUGCACUUGAAUGUAUUGUCUCGUCUUGGAGGAAUGGCCAUUCACCGUCCAUCACUUCCAGUUCUUCUCAGCAACGAAGACGAUAAUCUGCCAGAGGACACUGAAAUGGACACCCUUAUGAGAAUUAUGUCAUCCGCAAAAGUCGUGGCCCCAGGUUUCAGAUGGAGGAGGAGUCGCUGGGGAGGAAUCUGUCCUGUAGCUCUCAAAGAGGGAAAGGUUAUUCCUGGAAAACCUGAAUUCUGUGUGGGUUUUCAGGACAAAAUGUACAUCCUUUCCGAUACCAAGGCAUAUGAGAAGUUCACUGAAAACCCCAGAAGAUAUUUAGUUGCUCCAAUGCCCAGAGCGCCGUGUCGGGUUUGCAUCAUUGGCCCCUCUCUAUCAGGGAAGAGCACACUGUGUGUUCUUGUGGCUCAACAUUAUAAUGCACAAGUAUUAGACAUGGACACGUUGGUAAAGACCACGCUCAAGGAGGCUGAAAUAGAGCGGCUGGAAAGAUUAACACAGGAGGCAACGGCUUCAGCAAUAGAACAAGUCAAUUCCAUGAAAUCUACAGAGGAGGGAGAAGAAACAGUGACAGAUGAUCACCCAGAAGUACAGGCCAUUGUACAAGCUGCUCUGGAAGAUGCGAAACAGGUCCCUUUAUCACAAUUGGACAAGUGUAUAUUGGUACUGGAGAAGCGCACAAGGGAGAUUGAGCGGCUGAACAGAGUGGCAGAUGUUCCAAGUGGUUGGGUACUGGAACAUUUUCCCAGAAAUGCCGAAGAAAUUGAGGCCCUUGAUCGAGCCGGUCUCUUGCCUGAUCUCAUAUUUUGUCUUGAGGACGGUGAAGGAAGCCUGUUGCUGACGAGACUUUAUGAGAUGAACAAGGGCAGCGUGGAUGAAGCUGUAAAAUCCAGACUACAGAAGGAGCAACUGGAGAAGGAGAAAGAGACCAUAAGACGUAAAAUAGAAGAAGAGGAAAGAGCCAAAGCUGCAGAGAAAUUGUCACGUCUCGAGACUGUUUCUGAAGGCACUGAGGAAGAGAAUACAGAAAAGGCAGACCUCGACAGCUCUGAUUUACAACAAAUAAAUGAGCAGGACGAGAAUAAAAGUAUGACCCAGCUCCAUCCUGCGCCGCAUGGAAUAGGAGAGGUUGAGCUCCCAGAUCAUUGGGAGCUUGGUUAUCCAAAUGGUCCUGAGAUGAAUGUGCACAAGAAGCACAUUCAAGAUUUCAUGCACGACUGGGAUCGGAUGCAGCUCGUGUCAAACGUCACAUGCAGCGUUCUAGAGAUUCGUGAAAAGCGGCCCGAACAGCUGCUCGAGGAGGUGGUCUCUGAGAUGGAAAAGCAGUUCAAACACGUGGCCAGUGAGCUGACAGAGGCCGAUCUGGAGGAAGAAGCAGAGGACAUGGCUUUUUUGCGGCGAGACGAGGAAGGUGAUGAUGAUGAGGAGGCAGAGGAGGAGAGUGAAGAGAAAACGUCAGUCGCAAGAUCAUUUGGUGACACCUUUCACUUCUGUCCUGUGGCUUUAAAAAACAGCAAUGUCCUUUUUCCUUGUACUGAUGAAAACGCAGCCAUGUACAGGGAGAAAAUCUAUUAUUUAUCCAGUCCCGAGGCGAGAAACCUUUUCCUUCAAAAUCCCGAACAGUACGUCUCACAAAAUGAGCUAUUGAAGCCUCCCGCCUUAAGGGUCUUCAUGCUCGGCUCUAGAGGAUCAGGAAAGACCACAAACGGGUCGUGGUUGGCUCAGAAGCUUGGACUAUUUUACGUUAACUUUAGGGAGAAACUGCAGAUGCUCAUCAUAGAAAAGACCAAAAAAGCAGUGAUGUAUUCGGAUGAAGAGGAGACUUCUGAAGAGUCAGCUGAAGAUUUGGAUGCUCUGAUCAAAGAAGCCAAGGGCGAGAUGGAUAACGAAGAGGACUCUGAGCAGUUACUUAAGGACACAUUGGAAUUGACGGAUGAUGAAAAAGAAAUCGUAGCUUACCUGUCUGAUGGAGAAGCACUUAGUCCACAUAUACUGGAUAUGGUCCUCCUCCCUUUAUGGAAACAUCAGCCAUACAUGUCAAUGGGGUUUAUUUUGGACGGUUUCCCUACUAACGCUGAUGAGGUGGAGUACAUGGCACGGCAGCAGCUCUUCCCAGAUGUUGUGGUCUCACUGGGGCUGGAAAUGAAUGUUGUUAAAAUGCGCCUCUUACCAAAAUACCUUGGAAACUGGCGAGACCGCUCCAGCCACCGGCGAGCUCAAGUGUGCCUACUCCGGGAACUACGUCAGAAAAAGCGGGAGGAAAGCAUUGCAGCGAGAAAGGCUGAACUGAUGGCAGAUAUUCUGGCUAAUACAAAGGCGAAAGGUGAGGAUUAUGUGGAGGAAGAGGAGGAGGAGGAAGAUGAAAUGAACCCAGAGGAAGACAUUGAGGCCACACUGGAAGAGGAGUUCCCCCCAGAUGCGGACAGUGAUGACUUAGACAGUGAAGAGACAGAGGAAGUGGCCUCGGAACAAAUACAAAUGGCCAUAGCCGUACGAUUUGAGAAAGAUAAAGAAAACAUUAGUGUCGUGAUGGAACUGCUGGUUGAGCAAAAUGUACCAACAAUGACUGUCGAUGCAGGAGCGCACAUACUUCUGUCCUCAUCUUACAAAUAUCACAGUGGGUUUGGCUUUUGGGAUCCUAUUCAGUUGUUUAAUGAAAGAGAUGUAAUACAUCUUCCUCUGUGGCCUUUUGAUAAUUCCUACCCUUUGAUCUUCAACCAUUAUAUCUACUUUUUUGAGUCAAAAGAGAACCGUAAUGUAUUUAUGCGGCACCCUUUGAAAUACUUACGCCAGCCCAAGCCCAUCCCAUCUCUUCCUGUUAGACUUUCUGUCAUUGGACCUCCAAAAUCUGGUAAAACAACAAUUUCUGAGAUGUUAUCCCAAAAGUAUGGAUUGACCAGACUCUCCAUGGGUUGUGCUCUCCGUAUGAUGCUGGAAGCACAUGAGCACGCAGACCUCAGUGUUCAGAUUAAGAAUCAUCUUAAUCAGGGUAACGUUGUACCUGAUGAGCUGGCUGUUCAAGCCUUACAAAAUUUGCUGCUGUGCUCUGUCUACAAUGUUCAUGGGUAUGUUUUGGAUGGAUUUCCAAUUACCCUUAAGCAAGCGCAGCUCAUGGCCUCUUGCAACAUCAUUCCCAUGGUUGUUGUGGAGCUCAAGUUAGACACAUUGAAUGUUUUGGAAAGAGGCAGAACAGACAAGCUGAAGACCAGGCCACCAUAUGUAAUGCACGACAGUCCCAAGAUACUUCACAUUCGUGACUCCUGUUUUAAACAGGAAGCCGAGUCAGUAAGAAAAUAUUUCCAGAAACAGCACAAAAACUGGUUACAACUAGAUGGAUUGAAAAGCAAAUGGUGGAUAUGGAAAAACAUAAUUGAUGAAGUGAGCAAAAGUGUGAAUAAUAUCAACAACUACCUGCAAAGGACACUUGCUGAUCAAGCUGCCAGCAUAAGUAGAAUGUGCAUCACCCCAGAGCAGCUGCAGCAUCAGAUUGGGAGUUUUGGAAGUCACUGCCCAGUCUGUCUGGUUUUAGAGCGCCAUCUAGUGGACUGCUCUGAAACACCAGACAUGACACGCCAUGCAGCUGAAUACAGAGGCUACUACUACAUCAUGUGUAAAGAAAAGCACUUAGAAUUGUUUUUAGAAAGUCCAGAGAAGUUUGUGGCUCCAGGCUGUGCUCAGACGCUCCCUCCUCCGCACCUUCUGCCAAAAAAACUAAAUAUAAUACAAGUGAAAGAGAAGUUCCCCCAACAGGUGGAGUUGAGAGGUUUAUGUCCGGUGACCUAUCAUGACGGCAAACAAAGAUAUGAAGCUUUAGUUCGCGGAAAUAUGGAAUUUGCCGUGGAAUAUCGUGAGCGGAUCUAUUUCUUUGAGACCAAGCCAAAGCAGGAAACAUUUUUAAGGUGUCCUGAAACGUACUGGGACCAGAAGCUUCCCAAUAAGACUUUCCCUCUCUGCGAAACUUUGCCCAUCAGCUCUCUACCGAAUAUUGGAUAUCUGGAACAGGGGGUGUCAGUGUCUGUCAUCAAGGCUGUGUCUGCUGUGGGCUGUCUGAAACCAAAGUAUCCAUUUCUCACUGUGCAAAAGUCUGCUAUUCUAUAUGUGGCCUACUAUCUGAAAGCAUUCAACCCAAGAAGCAGCGACUAUGUUCGGCAGAAGUAUAAGAAGAAAUUGGCUUUGUUUGAAGAGAAUUGUGCUCUCAUCCCCUAUCUGAUCUCGAAUAUGCAGGGAGAGUACAAACCUCUUAGUGCACAACCCAUAGACUUUGAAUUCAAACUGAACAAGUUUCUGGCUUUGAAGGACACACAAGGAAACACUGUGUAA